AUGCGAGGAGGCGAAUGGCUCUCAAUGUGUUACGGCGACGCAACCUGCAUCUUGCGUUCACCCCGUGUCGAGUCUGGCCCAAGGCAAUUAGAGCCGGGUAGCAUUUACCGACCGGAACGGUACCGCAAGGGAACCUGGCUUGAUGCAGGUGUCAGGGUGGAGGUGGAGGGCGGCCAACGCCAGAGUCACGGCCAGGUCCCCAGUGCCAAGCGAUGCGCUAGCUGGCACAAAGCAAGGUUGGGAGGUGGGGCCGCCCGCCCUGGCUGGACCCCCCCUGAUUGA